AUGGAAAAUAUUUCAGGACUUAACUACUUUCAAAACAAUGAACCGUCUAAGUGGUCACUUAUUGGUUUCUUAAAAUGGAGAUCCGAAACACAACAGUUUUUAGAUAGCAAGAGAGAACAUAGUGCAUUCAAAUAUUUUCUCCAGGAACUUGCAACUGAUGAAAAUAAUACAAAUGCAAAAAGAGCACAAGAGUCACUCAACAACUGGAAGAAGAUCAAGCAUUCUCCGGAAGUUAAGAAGUUCUGGAAUGAUUAUAGAACCCAGAAUUUACAGCAAGAUCUCCAGUAUGUUAAAGCGCAAAAUGAAUUAAAAACUUUACAGGUUGAAACUGAAGAUAAUGACAAUGGAAGGACAAUCCUGGAUUAUCGAGAACUUUCCAGUUCAUAUAAAAGAAGGGAAAAUGAAAGUUCCAAUAAUAAUAAACAACCAAACAUUAAAGAAAAAACAUCUGCAAUCCGUCCAACCAAAAAGAUGAAAUCAAGUGGCCAAACUGAAUCUGAAAAUAAUCCAAUCCCCGAUGUGGAGUGUGGAGAUAUCGAAACCUUUCUUAAUGACGAUUACACUGAUGAUCAAUCUAUUGAUAAUGAAUAUACUGAUGACGAAUUUACUGAGGACGAAUUUACUGAUGACAAGUUAAAUAUGGCAUCCGUUGAGAAAAGUUUGAAAAAAUUCAAAGAAGCUUAUUUAUUAAUGGACCCUAACUAUAUGUGGACACUGAAAACUGGCCGAAAAGUUGAAAAAGUUAUUUACGAUUUUGCAAAAAAUCUGAAUAGAGAAUCAUACCUUCAUUCUUUCAUAAUAAAUGAUGCAGAUGUUGAUACAAAAAAUUUAUUUACACCAGACGAAUGGAAAGAAAUCAAAAAUCUUGAAUUAGUAGAAAGACCAAAACUUGACCCUUGUCACAAGGAGUUAUUAAUAAAAUAUACCGUAAUGAUAUUAAAAAAUUGCGAUCACUUCUCUUUGAACCAUUUAUACCUGAUGGUGAAGAAUACAAUCGAAGCAUUCAUUUCUGUCUUGAUUUUAUUAACAAUGGAUAUCAUGGAAUUUUGCGUUUAUGGGAAAUGGAUGAAGAUCUGUUUUGAUUCUUUAAAGCUAGAAGGAUGGUUUGGAAUGAAUGUCUGGAGCCGAAUUAUAGAUCCUGUAGUUGAUGAUUUAAAUAUUGACUUAAUUCGUGGGGAAGGAAUGAGCUUCGCUUCUAGUGAAAGGAAGAAUAUUCAUAGAAAGAUCAAUAAUCGUAAAAACAUUGGUAGAAAAGGAGACGGUAUAUUUAGGUUGCGUAGAAAUCGUUUAGAAUUCGGUGCAGUUGAAGCUGGCAGGAAAUGGGAGGAGAUAAAUGGUACAAAAUAUAUGACUGAUUCACUUAAAAUAUCAAAGAUGCUAAAGGAUAUGCUUGACAAAUUGAUUAUUGAAUGCAAAAUGAAAGAAGAUCUAGUAAAAAAAUUGAAAGUAAUAGGAAUACUUCAUGGUGCAAAUAGAUUACAAGUUUUAACUGGAGAUCACCCCUUCGGAUAUAUCACUCGGAUUAAUCGUAAUAACAUUCAAGAAGUUUCUGGCAGGUUAACAAAUUCAAAACCUCUUGCACUGGUGUUGAAAGAGAUCUUAUAUGCACGAUCUGUUAUUAUUGCUACAAUGGAUGCUGUUGAAAAGAAGAAUGAUUUAAAUUUAAAAAUCUUUCUUGACGAUGACAAUGAUGAUGAAUAUCACACACCACUCACCAAUACUGUAACAAAUACAUUUAUAACACCAGUUAAAUCAAACACAAAAGAUAUGACUAAGAUGAUCAAACAUAGUAUCAGAAUAUAA